CUGGUACGUCUUACUCUUGAAAAUGACAUUUUUGGAACAGAAAUUUUGCGUGUAACCACACUGUUGGAGAAUGCCUCGGUUUUAAGUCAGACUGGGCUUGAUCGCCCUAGCCCUCUGGCUUCUGGAGGGAUAUUUCAGAAUGCAAGAGCUGACGUGAACGGAUGGGCUUCUCAGUUUCAAUCAGAAAGAUCAGUCUCAUCGUCGCCAGCACCAAAUUGGCUCAACUCUCCUGGUGGUAGCUCAUCAGGUCUCAUUGUCAAGCGAGAAAUCAGGGUGGAUAUUCCUGUUGACAAAUACCCAAAUUACAAUUUUGUCGGUCGCCUCCUGGGUCCUAGAGGAAACUCUCUCAAACGAGUUGAAGCGAGUACUGAUUGCCGCGUUCUGAUAAGGGGGAGAGGCAGCAUCAAGGAUCCAAUUAAGGAGGAAAUGAUGAGAGGAAAACCAGGAUACGAGCACCUAAAUGAGCCCCUCCAUAUCUUAGUAGAGGCAGAGCUACCCAUUGAGAUUGUGGAUGCACGUCUCAUGCAAGCUCGUGAAAUACUCGAAGAUUUGCUUACCCCUGUGGACGAAUCCCAGGAUUUCUACAAGAAACAGCAGCUCCGAGAGUUGGCAAUGCUCAACGGAAGUCUGCGAGAAGAAGGGUCACCAAUGUCUGGUUCGGUCUCCCCUUACAACAGCCUGGGAAUGGGCAUGAAGAGAGCCAAGACCAGGGGAUGAUGAUAGAUGCUUGCCUCAUCCAAAUUUUGCUCUCUCUCUCUCUCACCUUUCUGAAAGGUUUUCGACUGUUCAUCUCUCUCUCUCUACGCCUCAGCCUGCUGGUAAUGUCUCUUGCCCCAUACGUUUCGUCAUGCUUAUUUAUCGUGUCCCGAAGAGAUGAGACGACCGGGAAUGAACAGGCAAAGAGAAGGGGAAUGAGUCUGGUUUUGUCCUGAGACUUUGGGCUUUUGUGUCGUGCAGCUUAGGAUGUUUGGUCCUUCAGAUAUUAUUCUCUCGUCUCGUGUCAUGUCACCAAUUUCUUUGAUAAGAUGUUUUUGCUUACACCAGUUUUGCUUAAAAAAAACAUUAAACGCUAUAUGGGUUCUUUUGUCGUUGUAUUUGCAUGCAACAAAUCAAUCGUAUCACUUGUUGUUUA